CUUAUAAGAGAGAGAGAGAGAGAGAGAGAGAGAUUAAAAAAAGGGGAGGGGUAGCAGUGGUUUCUUUCUCCCUUCUAUUAAUUCGAUUCCCUUUCUGAACUGCCAUUUCAUUUUCUCAGCCUCUGUUACUGAGUGCAAGAAGUAUCAUCUUUCUCCUCAAGCUUUUGGCUCGUCACCUCACCUCCAAACUUCCAAUUCUCUUUCAAGAACUUGGAAACCUUUGUUGUUGUUGUUGUUUCUAUUGGGUGCUGACAAAUUCCCUGGCCUGCUCUGCGUUAACCCCUUAAACACCCCCCCCCGCGAAAGUACAAAACCUGUCAAUAAAUUUGGAAACUUUCGCCGCCAGCAUUUCUACCGUUGCAGGUGGGCAGUGGGUUUCUCCUCUCUCCAGAACUCAGAAUUCAGAAUUCAGAAUUCAGAAUUGAGAUGGGCAGGCACCCUUGCUGUUACAAACAAAAGUUGAGGAAGGGUCUCUGGUCUCCAGAGGAAGAUGAGAAGCUUUUGAGGCAUAUUACUAAGUAUGGACAUGGUUGUUGGAGCUCUGUUCCUAAACAAGCAGGUUUGCAGAGGUGUGGGAAGAGCUGCCGGUUGAGGUGGAUUAACUACCUAAGGCCUGAUUUGAAGCGAGGCACAUUCUCACAGCAGGAAGAGAACCUCAUAAUUGAACUCCAUGCAGCUCUUGGUAACAGGUGGUCUCAGAUUGCAGCACAGUUACCGGGAAGAACUGAUAACGAAAUUAAAAAUCUGUGGAACUCCUGCAUUAAGAAGAAGCUCCGACAGAGAGGCAUUGACCCCAACACCCACAAACCACUCUCUGAGAUUGAGAAUGCAAAAGAAAAAGUACCCAUCACCACCACUGCCGCCGCCGCCGCCGCCGCCGCUGCCCCUACGAGUACCACCACCAGCAACAGCAACAACAGUAACAAAUCCUGGGGGGAACUGAACCUCCUCAACAUAGAGAAUUUGAAGCCCGGUUUGGCAGCUGAAGCAACGGAGCCGGAGCCGAAGCCGAAGCCGCCUUCAAUGGCUGAAGAUGGGUACCCACUGGAAGGUAGUUUGAGUUCGAAGAUCAACAGUGACUCGCUUAUACCCACGGCCACUACCGCCGCCACCAGGGAAUUCUUCCUGGAGAGGUUCGUAGCCUCUCACAACAGCUCCACCACCAGUAGCAGCAGCGGUUGCAGGCCUUCAGACUCUGUUGGAUAUUUCCCCUUUCAGCAAUUGAACAAUUAUGCGUCCAAUGCAGCAGGGCUCUCCGUAAACCAAGCUUCAAACCCCCAGUCUCCUUGGUUCAACUUCAACCACAACUGCAAGGCUUUCGACAUCAGUCCCGAAUUCAAUUCCUGUACAAUUUCAAGCCUUAUUCCAUCAUCCGGGUCAAUUACAAGCUCAGUAGUUUUACCCACUUCCAUGUCGAUGGGUCUUAGGCCCACUGUCGUCAGUACUCUUCCCUCUGAUAACAUUUCGGCAGGAAAUUUCAGUACCAACGCGAUGCAGUACUGGGGAGCCGGUAGCUCCGGUAACAACAGUAGCAGCAGUAAUAGCAGUGGGAGCAGCACUAGCAGUAUUGAAUUGCAGCAGAGUAGCAGCAGUGGAAGCUUCUUUGAGAACAGCGUCUUCUCAUGGGGAUUGGUGGAUUGCAGCACAGCAGAUAAGGAAGGCCAAGUCAAUAAUCACAUUGCAACGACCGAACCUUACGAUCUCAAAUGGUCUGAAUUUCUUCACACUCCGUUCCUAAUUACGUCCUCUACACUGCAAAACCAAACGCCUCAGCCAUUAUACAGUGAAAUAAAAUCAGAACCCCACCGCUUACUCACUACUCAUGAAGACGCGUCGUCGACUGCGACUUCAUGGCAUCAUCAUCAUCAUCAUCAGAACAGCCACCAGCAACAACAACAACAACAACAACAACAACCACAACCACAACCACAGCCACAGCCACAAACACAACAGUUACAAGCUGCUUCGGAUAUGUAUGCUAAGGAUUUCCAGAGACUUGCGGCUGCCUUCGGACAACUAUAGAUUUUGUAUUUAUUUAACCUCGUGAAGCUAGUCUCAGUUUAUGAGUUAUUUUGGGGCCUUGGAGAAGAAUAUUACAGAACCAAUUAUAUUUCAAAUCCAUACGACAGAGGAGGAGGGGUGGGGGAGAAAGGCUUCAAUAAUUAAGGGCUUCCUCUUCUGAUUACUACAGGUGUGUGCCACAUAUUUUUCUCUUGUAUAUGGGUCCUAUGAUACAAAAAAUAUAUAUAUAUAUAUAUAUAUAUUAUCCAGCUUUGAUCUCUUUAGAUAGAUAAAUGUGAGGGAGAUAGGCUCCUGCCCACCCCUUAAUUUGUAUUUAUUUGGUUUGAAAUGGAAUUGCAGAGAAUAAGGCUUGUUCUGCUGUCA